AUGAAGCCAGUUCUACAGAUCUUCCCCACGCUGCUGCUGCUCCUGGGCCUGGGGCUGGGACAUCAGAUGGCUCCAGCAAUCCUAAAGGCCAGUCAGGAGCUAGCGGAUCAGCUUUCAGACAGUGACUCAUGGGAAGAGGCAGCUGAAGAUAUGGAUGUCACUAAAGCCAUGGAACCCCAGGAGGCUGGUGAGAAUGGCAUGCUGUUGUGGGAUUCCUUGGAGUUGUCAUUGGCAGAGGCUUUUCUCAGAGAAAAGGAAAUGAUGGGUAAGGAGGAAGCAGUGGCUAAGGAACUUGUCCAUGCCAAAGAUAUGUCCUACUUGAGGCAGGUCCAGUUUAACAAGCACUGCAAUGGCAUGAUGGCCCAGAAAGCCAGGCAGCCGAACAGCGUCUGUAAGGCAAAGCACUCCUUUAUCCAUGAAAACCUACACAAAGUCAAAGCUAUCUGUACCACCCCAAGCAUUCCUUGCAAGGAAAGGGGGCACGAAUGUCACCAGAGCAGUGAACCUUUGAAAUCAACCAUCUGCCAGCUAACUGGGGACAUAGUAUUCCCCAGUAAAGAUCACUACCAAAGUAGUGCUCUGACUGUGAUGAUCACCAUUGCCUGUGAUCUGAAGGAUCCUGAGAGCCUUCGUUAUUAA